CAUUGACCAUUUGUGACUGAGCACUUCACACUCAGCCCACUCGGUGAGGUGAGAUUCACUCUGAGUGGGUGACAGCGCCAGGGCACCCUCCUCUUUGGCUUCAUCUGUGCCAACCACACGUCUACCAGCCACUGCCUGUUGUCAGAGUCCCUUCAUCCAAGAAGAGAAAGAAGAGUCUUGAGGACCAGCCACAACCUAGUCAGGUCUGAUUCCAUCACACCCUAGGGGAGAGAUUCACUCAGCUAUAUUUCCUUGCAUUUUCUGUCAUGAGUACUCCAUGGACUAAAGAAAUGUCAACGAUUGGGAGUUUUGAAGGAUUCCAGCCCGUGUCUCUGAAACAAGAGGGAGAUGACCAGCCCUCAGAGACUGAUCGACUCUCCAUGGAGGAGGGAGACCCAGGCAAGGACCCAGUACCAAAGCAGAUUUCAAGGCAGCCAAGUGUCACCGAAUCAACACUCUACCCCAAUCCUUAUCACAGGGCUAAUGUCUCCCGGAAGUACUUCGUUACACGGCCGGGGACCAUUGAGACUGCCAUGGAAGACUUGAAAGGCCACAUAGCCAAGACUUCUGGAGAGAAAAUUCAAGGUUUCUGGCUCUUGACAGAGAUAGAUCACUGGAACAAUGAGAAGGAGAGGAUUUUGGUGAUCACAGAUAAGACUCUCUUGAUCUGCAAGUAUGACUUCAUCAUGCUCAGCUGUGUGCAGUUGCAGCGAAUUCCCCUGAGUGCUGUCUAUCGCAUCUGCUUAGGCAAGUUUGCCUUUCCUGGGAUGUCCCUGGACAAGAGACAAGGAGAAGGCCUUAGGAUCUACUGGGGGAGUCUGGAGCAGCAGUCUCUCUUAUCCCGUUGGAAUCCAUGGUCCACUGAGGUGCCUUAUGCUACCUUCACUGAGCAUCCUAUGAGAUAUACCAGUGAGCAGUUCCUUGAAAUUUGCAAGCUGUCUGGGUUCAUAUCUAAGCUUGUUCCAGCUAUCCAGAAUGCCCUCAAGAGUUCAAGUGGAUCUGGAGGAGGAAAAGAACUGAUGGUGUUAACUGAACCCAUUUUGAUUGAGACCUACAUGGGACUGAUGUCAUUCAUUGGAAACCGCAACAAACUUGGCUAUUCCCUUGCCCGUGGGAGUAUUGGUUUUUGAGAGUCUUUUUGAUGUAUAAGUACAUCAUUCAUAGAUAUAUCAUUAUUGAAGAUUCUGGUUCAGCCCACCAUAUUUUUGGACUGAAAUAAUUAACUACUUUUAAAUAGUAUUACAUGAUUUUAAAUAUUUAGUAUCUUAGAAAAUCUAAAAUCUUGAUUAUACUGAUAGAGGUGCCCUUCAGAUCUUAUGUGAGGAUAAUCAAGUUUCCUAAAACGAGAAAAUAAAUUCUCCUAAACCCAUUAAAUAAUGUUAUCAAGUGAAUACCUGAUCAUAAACUCAGGGAAGACGCUCUGGGUUCUUGUUCCUCUCUCCUUUAAAUGAAGGCAUUUUAUAGGCCUUGAUCUUUAGCCCUCUGAUCCUGAUCUUCUCUCUCAUUGGGUACUCUGUAUUAUAUUAACUACCCUUCUUAUGAGAGUGACUUCCAAAUCCACAUUUUCAUCCCUGAUAUUUCUUCAAGAUUCAGUUUUGCAUUUGUGUCUGCUGAUCAUCUCUAUCACUGUUCCAAUGGCCUCUCACAUUCAACAUCUUCAAAUGCCUGGAUUUCUCUGUGGCAUUUUCAGGGACCCAAUCAUUAUUCUUGAAAUCCAUGAGUUUUGAUUUCUUUAAACUCCUUGCCAAAUACAUUCCAAAUAGUAUCUGUCUUAGUCAGUUUGGGCCACUAUAACAAAAUACCACAAAUUGGAUGGCUUAUAAACAACUGAAAUUUAUUUGUCACAGUUCUGGAGGCUGGAAGUCUGAGAUUAAGAUGCCAGCAUGGUCAGCUGAGGGACUCUCCUGAGGUUGCAGACUUCAUUAUAUAUGGCAAAGGGGCAAAGGUGUCCUCUUGUGCCGCUUUUAUAAGGGCAUUAAUAUCUGCCCUCAUGACCUAAUCACUGCCUACUGGCCCCACCAUAGGGCUUUAAGAUUUCAACAUAUGAAAUUUGGGGUGGGGGAUGGGAGACACAAACAUUCAGGCCAUAAAAGUACCACAUCUGUAUGUGACUUAGCAUUCUACCCCAAUUCCCAGAUGUCAGACUGUUCAUUCUUCUUUAAAAAUUGUACAUAUACUUCUCCUUUCCAUCCCCACAGGUAUAUCAUUAGAUCAACAUUUUUACAUUUUUAAACACUGCUCACUUGGAGAAUGGCCAUAGUCUGUUUUUUGUUUUGUUUUUUUACAGGUCAUAGCCUUUUAAUUGGGAUCCUCAAUUCAAGGCUGGCUUCUGAUCCAAUCUGCUCUUGGUUGCCAGAUUCAUAAAGCACAAUUUGGUCAUAUCAGUCUCUGCUCAAGAAUUUUUAAUGGCUCAUUUCUGUUUGUAAUUUUUUGUUCAAACAUUUUUUUUAAUAGCAGGCCCUUUUGUUCUAAUGGGUGUCCAAUAUGUAAAACAGAUAGAAGUAGGGCUACAAUGAUUAAAAUAGAAGUGGUGAUGCCACUAGUCUCCUUCUUUUGGGGUCUCAGAGGGAGGUCCCUGUGGAAUGUUUAUGGAUCCCAAAGGUUUUUGAGGUCAUCCUAACUCAUUUUGUUCCCAUUGUUCUUUUUCAUUUUAUUUCCUCUUCGUAUUUUCUUGACUUAUGUCUCAUUUUGAACAACUUGAGAGAUGAUCUCAUCUUUUCUCAAUUCUUCGAGUUUCUUGUAUUUUUCAAAAUUCCAAUUUUACCUUAUUUUUAAUUCAUUUUGAAUGUUGAACACCAGGUACAUUAUUAUAAUCAGCUUUUUACCUGUCCCAAGACUCAAAGUUGAGAAACCUUGGUAGGAAUUCAAAUAAAAAAAAUUCAGGCAUA